CUUCUUUCAUCCCUGAGUCCGGAAGAUGCUCAAACUCUGGGACUUGCAGAUCAUCUUCGUAUUUAUACUAAUACUCAGUUGCCUUUAGAUUACGCUGGCUCUGGGAAUUCGAAAACAUUGUCUUGGGAUAGACAUAAUUGGGAUCGGUUUCUGACAGGAUUGGCCGAACUCGGUUUGGGCAAUCUGGUGCCUCAGCUGCGUCGCCUGCUCGCUUGCUUGAUCUUACUCAAUAGUAUACAAUUCCAACCGGCCGAGUUCAAUGAUGGUGAGGCGCUGGACCGACUAAUAAAUGCUGACUCGUCCUCCCAAACAGACAACUCACAAGCUGCAGUUACUGAAGAGAUUUUGGCUGCCUCAGCGGGCCUAAAAGCAGAAGACAUUCAAAAACGUGAGCUAUAUUACUUUCCUGGAUUGCUGAGCUAUUUGGUUAAAAGUAUCACCAUUUACCGGGAAAAUGUUUAUUCAUGA